UUCCAUUGACUGUGAACUAGGCGUUAGUCACAAGCAAAAAUCUCCCAGUGAAGAUUCUUAUUACAACACGUAGAAGACCCAAUAUCGGCAAUUGUAUCUUUAAUCGAAUCCUGCAGAGCUUUUUCUUAGCUGACUCGCUAGGGUUUGUAAUCUUCUUCUGGAUUGGAAUCAUGGUGGAGAAGAAAGGGAGCAGCGACGGCGGGGAAAACCCUCUGGACCUCUUCCUGAAGAUUGGAUUGGAUGAGCGGACGGCGAAGAAUACCGUCGCUAACAAUAAAGUCACCGCUAAUCUCACUGCCGUUAUCUACGAGGCAGCUGUUACUGAUGGUUGUGAUCGAACUGUUGGGAACCUUCUGUACACGGUUGCCACAAAAUUUCCAGCAAAUGCUCUUGUACAUCGGCCUACAUUGCUCAAGUAUAUUGUCUCAUCCAAGAUCAAAACCCCUGCUCAGUUAGAAGCUGCUUUUGGGUUUCUUUCGGCUAAUGCUUCUGAGACUUUGAAGGUCAAUGAAUUUGAGGAGGCUUGUGGUGUUGGAGUUGAAGUGUCGAUAGAAGACAUAGAACUAUUAGUUAAUGGCAUAUUUGAAGAGAACAAGCCCAAGAUUUUGGAGCAGCGGUACAGAACAAAUGUUGGUGAACUAUUUGCUGCUGUUCGGAAGAGGCAGCCAUGGGCAGACCCUAAAAUUGUCAAGCAACUCGUAGAUGAAAAAUUGGUUGCAUUACUUGGUGCAAGAACUGCUGAAGAUGAUGCCAAGCCUGUUAAGAAGAAGAAAGAAAAGCCUGCCAAAGUUGAGAGUAAGGCUAGUAAAGAGGAGACGCCUGCUCCAAACCCAUCUGAAGAGGAACUUAAUCCGUAUUCAAUUUUCCCUUCCCCAGAGGAAAACUAUAAGGUACAUACAGAAGUGUACUUCAGUGAUCGGCCUGUUCUUAGGAUAUGCAAUACAAAGGAACUACUUGAAAAACAUUUAAAAGCAACUGGAGGAAAAGUUUAUACACGGUUCCCUCCUGAACCUAAUGGAUAUCUACACAUAGGGCAUGCCAAGGCAAUGUUUAUUGAUUUUGGGUUGGCGAAAGAAAGAGAUGGAUGCUGCUAUUUGAGAUAUGAUGACACAAACCCUGAAGCUGAAAAGAAAGAGUACAUUGAUCAUAUUGAAGAAAUUGUACGAUGGAUGGGAUGGGAACCCUUUAAGAUUACAUACACUAGUGACUAUUUUCAAGAGCUUUAUGAGCUGGCAGUGGCAUUGAUACGAAAUGGUCAUGCUUAUGUCGAUCACCAGACACCUGAAGAGAUAAAAGAAUACAGGGAGAAAAAAAUUAAUAGCCCCUGGAGGGAUCGACCAAUUGAAGAAUCUUUAAGACUCUUUGAUGAAAUGAAGCGUGGCAUGAUAGAAGAGGGUAAAGCAACACUUCGGAUGAAACAAGAUAUGCAGAGCGAUAAUCCCAACAUGUAUGACUUGAUUGCUUAUCGCAUCAAGUUCACUCCUCACCCACACGCUGGAGAUAAAUGGUGCAUAUAUCCAAGCUAUGAUUAUGCCCAUUGCAUAGUAGAUUCUCUUGAAAAUGUAACUCAUUCGCUGUGCACUCUUGAGUUUGAGAUCCGUCGUGCUUCAUAUUACUGGUUAUUGGAUGCUCUCGGUAUCUACAAACCCUUUGUGUGGGAGUAUUCACGUUUGAAUAUCACUAACAACGUGAUGUCUAAGCGUAAGUUAAACCGUCUUGUAACUGAAAAAUGGGUUGAUGGCUGGGAUGAUCCCCGUUUGAUGACUCUAGCGGGAUUGCGUCGUAGAGGUGUGACUCCAACAGCUAUUAAUGAUUUUGUUCGUGGAAUUGGGAUCACUAGAAGUGAUCACAGUGUGAUACGUUUGGACCGUCUUGAAUAUCAUAUUAGAGAAGAACUAAAUAAAACAGCACCUCGGACAAUGGUUGUGCUUAAUCCACUAAAGGUGGUCAUAACAAAUCUGGAAGCUGGCUUAGUGAUGGAACUUGAUGCAAAGAAAUGGCCUGAUGCACAAUCAGAUGAUACUUCGUCUUUUUACAAGGUUCCCUUUUCCAAGGUUGUAUACAUUGAACAUACUGAUUUCAGAAUGAAGGAUUCUAAAGAUUAUUAUGGACUUGCUCCUGGGAAAUCUGUGCUUCUUAGGUAUGCGUUUCCUAUAAAGUGCACAGAAGUAAUACUUGGUGAUGAUAAAGAAACUGUUGUUGAGCUUCGGGCUGAAUAUGAUCCUUCCAAGACAGUCAAACCGAAGGGGGUCCUUCACUGGGUUGCAGAACCAUCGCCUGGAGUAGAUCCACUUAAGGUUGAAGUGAGAUUGUUUGAGAAAUUGUUCCUUUCCGAGAACCCUGCUGAACUUGAUGACUGGCUUGGUGAUUUAAAUCCGAACUCCAAAGUAGUGAUGCCAAAUGCAUAUGCUGUUCCUUUGCUACGCAAUGCUACACUUGGAGACAAAUUUCAGUUUGAAAGGCUUGGCUAUUUUGCUGUUGACAAGGACUCGACCGCAGAGAAAUUGGUGUUCAAUCGAACCGUCACACUACGAGAUAGCUUCGGUAAAGCUGGGAAGUAAGAAUUCCAUGGAAAAAUAUACUUUGUAUAUGGUGCAUGUUUUUAAAGUAGAUGAGGAUUGUGUACACUAAAUGACUAAUUUAGAACAAAUGGAUGGUAAAUUUAUAUAGUUUUUACUCUGUCUUGUAGCUGUUGCUUUGUCAUUGGUAUUAGACUACCAGUUUUGUCUGAAUUUGGAUUAUAAAUCAUCUUUUAGUGUAUACAUUUGCUAUGACUUGAAGUCCCAUA